AUGAUUAAGUAAUGGAGGAAAAUUAUUAGACAAGAAAACUUAUAAUAACAUAGACGAUUAAACUUAAAAUAGACGAUUAUAAAGAAGGAUAUAUUUGAUUGA